CGUUUAAGCAAUGGCAUUACUGUAAUAUAACAAAAGAUGGAGCAUAAAAUGUCAGGAAUCUUAUCAAAGUGCGCAAAUUAUAUGCAAAAUAUCAGAGCAGCGAACAUAUUUAUCCACACACCAACUUUAUUGAGCUUUGGUUAGGUCUAUGGGAGCUUUUCAUUGGUCCCAAGGUUCAAAAACGUCCAACGCCAGAAUCUCCAUUUCAUUUGAAUGGGAAAUGAAAAACUUCUCCUCCGGAUUCCACCCGCCAUCCCCAGGCCAAGAAAGAAAAGAAUACGAAAAAGAAAGCAUAGGACAAGAUAAAGAAAGCCAAGGAGAUCAUCAGGAGGAAAAACCAGCAACUCGUUGUGAGUGGGACUUUUCUCUCUCCACCGUUGUCUCUUCCAGCGCCAACGCUGCUGUCUCUGACACCCUAGGUGUUAUCGAAUUCGACCCUUCUAAUGCUGUCGUAGCAACCGGAGGAAUUGCAAGAAAGAUUAGGAUUUACACUUUGAAUUCUUUGUUGCCACAAGACACCAUCCAAUUCCCAGGUGAGCAACACGUUGCCUUUCUAGACCAUGUCAAAGCAUGUAAUUAUUACGUCUGUACCCCAGCUAAGCUUAGUAGCCUUAGAUGGAAACCCGGGUCUGGAGGCCGCCUCCUGGGAUCGGGUGACUAUGACGGUGUGGUCAUGGAAUAUGAUCUAGAGAGGAAGCUGCCAAUCUUUGAACGUGAUGAGCAUGGUGGGAGAAGGGUUUGGAGCGUAGACUAUUCCCAUUGGAACCCGCUAGUCGGGGCAUCCGGUUCAGACGAUGGCACCAUCCAAAUGUGGGACCCACGCUGUGCCGAAGGAGGAGGAUCUGUGGCCAAGGUACAGCCCACGAUGGCACGUAGCUCAGUUUGUUGCGUUGAGUUCGACCCCUUCGGUGACGCAUUGAUAGCAGCUGGAUGCGCUGACCGGAAGGCGUAUACCUAUGAUGUACGGAAAAUGGUGGACCCCGUACAUGUGUUUGACGGACAUGCGAAAACCGUGACAUACGUUAGGUUUCUUGAUGCCGAAACAAUGGUUUCCGCUGGAACUGAUGGGUGUUUAAAGCUGUGGAAUAUCAGUGAUUCUCGUUUAAUUAGAACAUACCGAGGGCACGUGAAUAGUCGAAGCUUUGUUGGGUUGUCAGUUUGGAGGCAUGGUGGGUUGCUUGGAUGUGGAUCAGAAAAUAACCAGGUGUUUGUUUAUGAUAAGAGAUGGGGUGAGCCCAUUUGGGUGCAUGGGUUCGACCCAAUGGCUAGAAGUGGGUGUGACCAUGGUUUCGUCAGCAGCGUAUGCUGGAGGCAAGUCCAUGAAGACAAGUGCACACUUCUGGCAGGGGGUUCAAAUGGGGUUUUACAGGUUUUUGUGGGCAGAAGGAAAUCAUAG